CAGCACAAAUCCAAAUUUGUAUUUCGUUUUAAAUUAACGUAUAUUAUUAAAAUCACUUCGAAUGCAUGGCGGUAGUGUGAUUUGCAAAAACCAAAUCAAAAGAAAUAAAUUUUAAUUGGAUAAAAAACAAGUUCUCCAAUUCGUGUUACACCACCACAACAGCAGCAAAAGCAGUAGCAGUAGCAGCAAUCACGUCGUCAUCGUCGACGUCGUACCUUGACGUGCAGCGCUGCGUCGCUGCUAAUAUUGCACGGGUGUUUUUCGCCCGUAUUUAUGUAGAAAGCGGGGGGUACGAUUACCAAUUUCUAGCGGAGUUGGUGUGCACGCUUAAUCAAGUUCAGAAAGGUGCGAAAAGAUACUAUAUUCACGAGCACUUAUAAACAGAUGGAUAACUCAUCGAAUCGGCGGAAAUGUUUUAAUAUUUACACGUUGGCAUGAAAAAGACCAAUGAAGGAGUUAGAUAUACACUUUACACCUUGUGUGAAAAUACCUUUGACCGGAUGUGUUAAUAGUUGUCCCACUUGUGAGAAUUGAAAAAAUCCUUAGUGUGAGAAAUUGAUAACGCACCCUCAAUUAAGUGUUUAAAAUGAAGUGAAUAAUACCCAAAAACUUCACUUGGAUGAAUAAAAUAUUAUCACACAUUUCUGAAAUAAUUUUAAAUCUUUACCCAAAACAUACAUACCUACAUACCUACUUACGUGUAUAAAAAUACUUAAAAUUAUUCCCUCCCUCCCAUCAAGUAACAAACAGGCAAGCAACAAACAAGCUUGCUUCUUACAACAAAUACAAAUAAUCGCAUUCUUAAUGUGCUUGUGCUUUCAAAAAAAAUUCAAAUUAAAAAUAUGCUAAAAUUUAAUUUAAAAAUAUAAAGCUUAACAAUUUUAAAGUUAAAUAAAUUAAUACAUACAUACAUAUUACGUAGUUAUACAAAUCAGUCAAUCUAACCUUGCACAACAAAAUAAUUAAUCAAUAAAAAUUUAAAAAUAAUCGCAAUAACUUAAUCGCAUCAUUUAAAUAUUUUAAUCGUGCUUGUGUAUUAAAAUCGCUCAGCCAAUUUAAACGAAAAUCAACCAAUCAAUCAAUGAUUCAAAAAUAACUGAAACAGCUUAGGCGUGCUAUUUACAUACAUACAUAAAUACAUAAAUAUAUAUACAUAUAUAUAAAAGUAAUUAAAAUAAAGUUCUGUAAAAAUUGGAGCAGAAAAGAAAUUCCUUACCAAAUACUUCAAACCAAAUUUCCAUCUAAAGUGUCUAAAUCUUUGUUGUUAUCCUCGCAUCCAUCCAAUCGCCAGUCCCCAAUUCAAUAUGUGUACACAUACAUACAUAUAUGUAUAUGUGCUGCAUUAUGUGUGUCCCAAGUAAAUUUAAAUAAAAAAAUGCAACCUAAUUCCUAAUUAAUUAUUUAGCGUGUCACAAAAAAUAAAUAAAAUAUUAAAAAUUAUCUAUUCAAAUAUUUAACAUAUUUGGAUUUGUGCGUUAUCGUGAUUUGUGUGAAAUACAAUUAAAAAUCGUGUGUAAACAACAACAUAAACCAAUCUAAAAAACAAACCAAACAAUAACAAAACUAACAAAAUGGCGGACAUAAUACGUCCGCCGUUUAGUGAUAUUAAGCGGCCAGACGAGAUCGUCAGGAUGACCACCGCCGACAAUUUGAAGUUCGCCGUUCUCAUCGGACUGAUCGAGGUUGGUCAGGUGACCAAUCGGGAGGUCGUCAACACUGUUUUACAUUUGGUAUGUUGAUCCACGCGCGUAAUAACA